GGAUCCUCCGUCUCUAGGAUCCGCCGUUCUUGGAGGGCCCCCUCAUUGUUUCUCCUCUUUCCGUUUCCUUUUCUUUCUUUUUGCCAUUUGUUCUUCACUCGCCUGUUAUACACGCCGCUUGUACAACGAAUCGCUAACGACACACCAUGGAUCAGCAACACCACCAGCCCAUCCAGGACGACCAACACAAUCCUAAUCUCGCGCCGCCCUACGCGUUCUACCAUCCCGAUGAUGAAGCGGGCUAUAACAUCCCUUAUGGCCAAGCGAUGCCUCAAUAUCAGGUCGUGCAUCCUGCCCCCUCUCCUCGCCAGCUUUCCGCGCAGGAUUUGCAGAGCAUGCAAUUCAGACAGCUCAACCUCAUGCCUCCUGGCCAGUACCCUGGGCCCGUGUAUAAUUCACCGCCACAAGGCAUGAACAUGCCGUUGUCUGGCUCCCCGCCCCCGCAAUCGCCCAAUAUGUAUGAUCCGUUGUCCCCUCCCAUUUCCGGAUCAGAUACCUCUGGGGGAGAGGGCAUUUACAUGUCGCGGAACAGCAGCGGUGCAGGCUCACCCAACCACUCCCGCGCUAACAGCCUCGUCCAUAGGAACUCCUUACGUUAUAACCCGACGCCCUCUCCCUCUACGUCAUCUGGUAGAAGGAGCCGGGGACAUUCAAUUUCUGACGACGACGGCAUGGGCCCCUCGAUAGCCGAGACGUUGGCGAGCUCCAGGAAAGAGGCUACACGGAGGCAGAGGAUAGAGGCGGAGCAGCGAAGACGUGACGAACUCCGGGACGGAUAUGCCAAGUUAAAGGACGUUCUCCCCGUGUCAAACCAGAAGAGCAGUAAAGUUUCACUCUUGGAGCGAGCCACGAACCACAUCGUUCUGUUGGAAAAGCAAAACCGGGAGCUCCAAUCUCGUGUAAGCUCCAUGGAGGCAGAAAUCCGAAGACUGAGGGUUAUCAGCGAGAAACUCUCCCUGAGCGGAGCCAGUGAGACGCCUUCUCCAGGCCAGUCGAUGGCCGUGUCCACGCCCGUGGAGAGUAGGCCGUUGUCCCCCCCUCCAGAGGGCGCUCCCCCUGCCCACUCUCUCGCCCCCAUAGGCGCUCGUACGCCUCCGGGGGAAGAGUCCGAUGGAUCUGACAAGGGCUUUUGACCGUCUUUGAGUACGGGAGUACGGUCAACAGCGUUCGCCUAUUUUCUCUAUUGUCCAUGGACUAUUCUACGUCGCAUUCAUCACGUCUCCCGUCUAUUUCUUUUUUCUUCUAUCGCCAUUCCCAUAUUGUUUCCCUCCCAUCUCUCCUCCCUCCUUCCAAUUUCUAUCUUGGACAACCCUCAUCAACUGUGGGACACAAGAGAUGCGUCCUGCUCGAAGAACGUGCCAAUCGGCAGUCGCUGGGUCUCGAGGAUAGCGGCUUGUGCUGGUGCACUCUGCCCGCUUUCCUCUGAAAUCCCCGCUGCCGCCGGCCGCUGUAAGACAAGACGAGACUCCUGCGACUCGACGCCGUGGGCUGGUAUGACGGAAGCUUGCUAGUAUUGUCUCUCGAACGACCCUGGCCUCAAAUCGCACGUCGCGCGCGAAAAAACCUUUUUCUGCUGCUGACGACCUGCGUACGAAGCUACAUGACGGACCGCCGGACGGCUUGCGACUACUCUUGGCUUCUGCCCUCUCGCAGGCUCUUUACCCAUUCGAACGCGUUCCCAGAGGACCACCGGGUUGCAUCCUUUUAUCCAGCCGACUUUGCAAUGCUGCCUUCUCGUACCUUUUCUAGGCCCAUCUCAUUAUCAUCUCUCUCUCGACAUCUCUUUUCGCGUCCCUUCUUGCUUCAUCCUGAUUCCUAAUUCUCACCAGCCUCACCCCCUGCCGACCGGUAUACAAGACGCCGAGAGAGGGCAAAACCGAUGUGCUAUAUUUACGAAGGACGAUGAUCCACACGACUGACACGGACUAGUAUCCACGACCACUCUAUGACUCCCGCGAACGAAUGGCAUGAAGAACUGUGGAGAUAUCGGAGGCCCGGUACUUCUCGCUCUGGUUGAGAAGGGCUCCGUAGUUGCCCUAUCCUGAAGCUACUUGGCAUGCUAUGCUUGCGGGACAAACUCGCCCUCAGCUGGUUUUCGACAAACUGGCUUCCUUGAUGAAAUGCAAGCACCUCGGUAACCGUUGUUCUCGUUGGGUAUUGUGCGCUGAGUAGGACUGGGGUUUCUAUGAGGACAAUUGUCUCCGUGCUUUCUUCUUCAGCCAAGACGUUCGCGACGAUAUGCAACAACCUGUACACAUACAUAACGUAGCUAGAGUAGCCAGUAGAGAUAGUGUGUUCAGCCAGGCAAUCCUAUGAUUGUAUCCUUCCAUCAGUAUGUAUUGAAUAUAUUGGUUUGGAUAUUUUGCGAGG